AUGAAGGUACAUACAAAUAAGCCUGGGUACUAUGGCGAGGGCUCUGUCGAAGUUGAAGCACCAGCAGGUCCAGGGGAAGGGCCAAUACGUCGGUGUACGCUUUCGAAGGACGGCCUCGUCACCCAACCGUUCGAGGGCAUAGACACGGUGUACGACAUCGUCGAAUACGCAGCCCGCACCCAUGGUUCACGGAAGGCAUUGGGAUGGCGUGACGUUGUCAACGUUAUUGAGGAAGAAAAGGAGGUCACGAAGGUCAUCGACGGUCAGGAGGUCAAGGAGAAGAAGAAAUGGAAAUUCUUCGAGUUGAGCGACUACAAGUAUCUCAGUUUCAUUGAGGUCAAAGAAGCCGUUUCAGAAAUUGCUCGGGCUCUCAUUCACCUCGGAGUGACUUCGGACGACGUGAUCAACGUCUAUUCUCAGACCAGCGUGAAUUGGCAACUCAUGUCCCAUGCAUGUGCGUCGAUCUCAACGACCAUCGCCACCGCGUACGACACCCUUGGGGAGGAGGGUCUCACACAUUCACUCAACGAGCCUAACUGUGCUGGGCUCUUCACGAAUGCGGAGCUACUUCCCACGUUGCUCAAGGUUCUUGCCAACACCCCCACAGUGAAAUACGUCAUCUUUGAUGGCGAACCUGGAAAAGAUAUUGUUGACAAGCUUCAAGCGGUCCGAGAGACUAUCCAGGUCUUCAGCCUCGAUAAGCUCCGCGAAACUGGAAGGGCUUUGCCCAAAGAUUCCCUAGCAGCGCGUCGUCCCAAGCCCGACUCGACUGCACUGAUCAUGUACACUAGCGGCAGUACUGGAGCACCCAAAGGUGUUUGCAUCACGCACAGCAAUCUCAUUGCUUCUGUUGGCGCAGUGUACGUGCUUCUUGGCCACCAUCUAACAUAUGAAGAUAGCUAUCUCGCGUAUCUUCCUCUUGCACACGUCCUUGAAUUCAUUGUCGAGAUGUGUAUGCUCUUUGUGGGCAUGCCGUCCGGCUUUGGCCGCGUCAAGACCCUCACAGACGCCUCUGUCCGAAAAUGCAAAGGGGAUAUUGGAGCCUUCCGUCCCUCGAUCAUGGUCGGCGUCCCAGCGGUUUGGGAAACCAUCAGGAAGGGCAUCCUCACUAAGGUCAACUCAAGUGGCACGAUCAAGAAGGGCAUGUUCAACGGUGCUAUGGCUGCAAAGAAGAACAACGUCCCGAUUCUUGCUGCUCUCGCAGAUAGUGUUGUACUGUCGGGCGUUAGGGCCGCCACUGGCGGCAGGCUCAGAAUUGCGCUCAGCGGAGGUGCCGCUAUUAGUCGUGAAACUCAAGAAUUCUUGACUACAGCACUUGUCAUCGUUCUUCAAGGUUACGGCAUGACGGAGUCGUGUGGGAUGUGUGCUAUCCUUCCUCCUGAGCUGAUGCGGUACGGCUCCGUCGGUCUCCCCGUGCCUUGCAUUGAAGUCAAAUUCCUUGACGUCCCCGAUGCUGGAUACCUUUCAACCAACAAUCCCCCCCAGGGUGAAGUGUGCAUUCGUGGACCCUCUGUCGUCAAAGGUUAUUUUAAGCGCCCUGAUUUGAACAGCGACGAAACGAUCUUUACAAAAGAUGGAUGGCUGAGAACAGGCGAUGUUGGACAGUGGAAUCCGGAUGGCACACUCUCUCUCAUUGAUAGGUUAAAGAACCUUAUAAAGCUGGCCAGUGGAGAGUACAUCGCCCUGGAGCGUCUCGAGUCCAUCUACAAAGCAUGCAAUCUUGUUGGCAACAUCUGCGUCCACGCUACACAGGAAGCCAAGCAGCCUAUGGCCGUCAUUAUUCCCCAUGAAGCUCACCUCCGUCAGUUCCUCGACGGCAAAGGAAUUAGCUCUUCCCAACAGCUUGAUGCCCUCUGUCAUGACCCCAAGGUCAAAGAAAUUGUACUAAAGGAGUGCAAUGCCGUCGGGAAGAAAAACGGGUUCAAGCCCACGGAGCUAUUGCAGGCUGUGAUUCUGACUGCUGAAGAGUGGACUCCAGAGAAUGGCCUCGUGACGGCUGCGCAGAAGAUUCAGAGAGCCAAGAUUGCGAAGUUAUUCAGAGACGACAUUGAGCAGGUCUACAAGAAUCAGUGA